UCUUACUUUGCACAAUGCUCGACUUGGCUUCGCUCAAAGUCGCCGACUUGCGACGUGAGUUGCAGGAUCGCGGAUUGCCAACGACUGGCUUGAAGAAGGACUUGCUCGACCGACUGACCGAGCAUCUGGCACAGCACCCAGAAGAGGCAGGCGCGGCCGCGUCCAAGACCGAGUCCGAAUCGACCGAGUCCGAGUCGACCGAGUCCGCGACUGAGACACAGGGUACCAACGACGACCACGCCAAGUCCAUCACUCAUCAGGAGGCUGAAGAGCAGCCCAAUGUCCAGUCAAAGUCAAGCAGUAGCGCAGCCGCCGAGGAGGCACCUGCACCAGUGCUAAUGAACCAAGAUGAUGAUGCUGCUGUCGUGCAAGCACCGAUCUCUGCAGAUCCGGUCCAGCCAGCUGCUGCUCCCGCUCCGGUAUCGCUCAAGCGAGCUCGCGAGGAGGACGACGACGACGCAGAGGGCGGAGUCAAAUCCAGCUCCAGUGGCCGCACGUUGCACAUUGCCAACUUUUCCAGGCCGUUGACACUAAACCAAGUGAACGAACUGCUUGCACGAACCGGAAAGGUUGUGCCAGAUACGUUCUGGAUGGACUCGAUCAAGUCUCAGUGCUACGCAACCUUUGAAACUGUCGAAGAGGCCAACGCUACCUUUGAGGCCUUGAACGGCAUUAACUGGCCUGCUCACAACAUGAAAAAGCUGGUUGUGCAACGUGUGGCCGAUGAUGCUCGCAAAACAAUCGCUCUCACGCCGCCCGUCCAAGGGGCUGCUCCAUUACGCGCGCCUGCAGAACCUGUGGCCCCGAAGACUACGGCAGAGGCCAUCGCCAAUCUCCCAAAGAACAUUGCAAGUCGUCUGGGUCAGGCCUCGGAUGCGCCUGUCCAGCCCACCGCACCUGCAAAGCAAACUGGUUCCACCCUUUCCAAGCUCGAUUCACUCUUUCGCAAGACCACGGCAGCUCCUCCGAUUUACUGGCUGCCUGUUUCUGAUGAGAAAGUGGCAGAAAUUCGUGCCAAACGAGAGCAACAAGUUGCCUAGUUCGCCUUUUGAAAAUUUGUGUUGUGUUUCCCCCUCCUAGUCGCUUUGAACAGUUUUAAUACCAACAAACCA